UUGAAUUAAAUUUUCUAACCAAACGUAUGUCGCUUGAAUCACAUCCUUAUGAUUUGUAUAUCAUUAUCACUUGGAGUAAAGUAUGCAGGUUAAAAUUAUUAAAGAUAUUUAGGAAUUUUCAAUAAAAUGUUAUUAAUUUUUAAUAUCAAAAAUCCAAAUGUUAUUUUUUAAAGAAAUUCUGUGGUGCUUUUAGAGAUCCAAAUUUAACUUUGGCGGAGGAUAAUUUGAAUAACUGUUUUCUUCACAGUGUAGAAAGAUGAAGUACAAAACUGCGGUUCUAAGCUGAAAUCUUUUUAAAAGACUUAUUGAAAAUAAUUUAUUCACAAAUAAUUGUAGAGUAGAUUUACUUUCUCUUUUUUUCCAAAGUAGCCUACUUUAGACAUUUUUUUUAAAUUAUUUCACAUGUCGUGUUUCUUCAUUUUUGCCAAUUUACCAAAUUGCAAAUGUUUCUGCUUAAAUAAAUAAAAAAAAUCCUAAUAUAAUUUGUUCACUGUUAAAUAUAUGUGUGUACAUUUUCAAUUUCAAGGCAGUUGGGUUCACAUUAAUGUUGAAAUUUGUAGACACUACGAUCGAUUAGAGAAUAACUGGAGAAUAACUGACUGAGCUGAGGCACAUUUCUACCAUCUGCUGCCGUGAAGCCCUGCUUAGCCCAGUUUUACACUGAGGCCCCAGAGAAGACAGCACACAGCUUAGUGAUUUUAUUCAUUUCCUUUCCCCUUAGCUUUAAUCUGACAAUUGUUGUUGCCUCUUCUAUAGAUUACAAAACAGUUCUCUCACUGUGAUUGUAUUAGUAAAAUCAAUCACGGAUAAUAAUAUCUUCAUUGUUGCUGUUUUAAGCUCACCACCCUCAUCUCCAUGACAAACACCAUGCAAAGGGUACGCCAGGAUAUGCAUUGCGCAUGCUCGAGGCGCAGUGGAAGCCAUGUUGGAGUUACAUUGGAUUCGGGCUGGGAUCUUUUGACGCCGUAUGUUUUUUUUUAAGAGAAAACCAGUUUUCGUGUUUUUGUCGGGUUCGUCAGAUUGUAAACGAUGAACUCCAGUGUCGAUCUGUCCCGGCGGAACCCGCAGGAGGAUUUCGAGCUGAUCCAGCGGAUAGGAAGCGGCACAUACGGAGAUGUAUACAAGGCUCGUAAUGUAAACACAGGGGAGCUGGCUGCUAUCAAAGUCAUCAAACUGGAACCGGGUGAGGACUUUGCUGUCGUCCAGCAGGAGAUCUUAAUGAUGAAGGACUGUAAACACUCUAACAUUGUUGCCUAUUUUGGCAGCUAUCUCCGAAGGGAUAAAUUAUGGAUCAGCAUGGAGUAUUGUGGAGGAGGUUCUCUGCAGGAUAUCUAUCAUGUAACAGGGCCUCUGUCAGAGUCCCAGAUAUCCUACAUGUCACGGGAGACGCUGCAGGGUUUAUACUACCUACACAGUAAAGGCAAAAUGCACCGAGAUAUCAAGGGAGCCAACAUCCUCCUGACAGACAACGGCUACAUUAAACUUGCUGAUUUUGGUGUGUCAGCCCAGAUCACAGCCACUCUUGCCAAGAGAAAGUCGUUUAUUGGAACGCCUUACUGGAUGGCUCCAGAGGUGGCAGCAGUGGAGAGGAAGGGGGGCUACAAUCAGUUGUGUGAUAUCUGGGCUGUGGGGAUUACUGCAAUAGAGCUGGCAGAACUACAGCCACCCAUGUUUGACCUGCACCCGAUGAGGGCUCUGUUCCUGAUGACCAAGAGUAACUUCCAGCCUCCGAAGUUGAAAGAUAAACUCAAGUGGACAAAUAACUUCCAUCAUUUUGUGAAACUAGCCCUUACCAAGAACCCAAAGAGGAGGCCCACGGCAGAGAAACUGCUGCAGCACCCGUUCGUCUCCCAGCCUCUCAGCAGGACGCUGGCGAUCGAGCUGCUGGACAAAGCCAACAACCCCGACCACAGCACGUACCACGACAUUGAUGACGACGAGCCUGAACCUGAGUCGCCAGUCUCCGUUCCUCAUCGCAUCCGCUCCACCAGCAGGAGCACGAGGGAAGGAAAGACCCUGUCCGAGAUAAACUUUGGACAAGUGAAGUUUGAUCCUCUUUUGAGAAAGGAGACAGAACCUCAUCACGAGCCGUGUGAUUCUGAGCCCUAUCUGGACUGUGUUGAGGAGCUCUACUAUACCGCGAGAUCUAAUCUGGACUUGCAGUUGGAGUAUGGCCACGAUUCACCAAGUCUGCUGGGAGGAAACAAGAGCCUUCUGAAAUCUGUCGAGGAGGAGCUUCAGCAAAGGGGCCAUGUUGCAUACUUAGGGGAUGAUGAGGAUGAGGAUGAUGAUGGUGCAGAUGAUGAUGAAACUCACACUCACAAAUCAAGCACUAUCAAGCGGCCGAAGGAGCCACCUCCACUCCCUCCGAAGCCUAAGCCCAGCAGCUCCUCCCAGCAGCAGCCUCACCAGAAAAAUGAUGAUAGCCAAUCACACAUCGAGGACGACGCCGGAGGGGGAGGAACCAUCAAGCGCUGCCCAGCCUCAAAGGCACCGAGCCCCGCCAGGCCGCCCUCCAGCGUCCCCCCACGGCCUCCGCCCCCGAAGCUGCCACCCCAUCGCCGCAGCAGCUUAGGUAAUGGACUGAACUCUCCCCACAAUGGUGAGAGGGAAGGAGCGGGAGAGAGGCAGUCCACCAUGCCCCCUAGUGUCCCUGUACGGAAAGAUAAGAAGGAUGUUCCGAAGCCUAUGAGUAAUGGUCUUCCUCCAACACCUAAAGUCCAUAUGGGUGCAUGUUUCUCCAAGGUGUUCAACGGCUGCCCGCUAAAGGUCCACUGCGCCACGUCAUGGAUCAACCCCGACACCAGAGAUCAGUAUGUGAUAUUCGGAGCUGAGGAGGGAAUCUACACUUUGAACCUUAAUGAGCUUCAUGAGACGACAAUGGAGCAGCUCUUCCCUCGCAGGUGUACGUGGUUGUAUGUCAUGAACAACUGUCUUCUUUCUAUAUCUGGAAAAGCCUCCCAGCUGUACUCCCACAGUCUGUCCGGGCUCUUUGAACAGGCUAGACAGUUACAGAAGUUACCAGUAGCCAUUCCUACACACAAACUUCCUGAUAAAAUUAUACCAAGGAAGUUUGCUGUUUCCAAUAAGAUUCCAGAGACUAAAGGGUGCCAAAAGUGCUGCGUAGUCCGUAACCCGUACACAGGCCAUAAAUACUUGUGCGGGGCCUUCCAGUCGAGUGUCAUGUUGCUGGAGUGGGUGGAGUCCAUGCAGAAGUUCAUGCUCAUUAAGACCAUUGAUUUCCCGUUGCCAUGUCCGUUGGAAGUCUUUGAGAUGUUGGUGGUCCCAGAGCAGACCUACCCUCUUAUCUGCGUGGCGGUCAGCAAAGGAACCGAACUCAACCAGGUGGUGCGAUUCGGCACCGUCAACCCAAAUGUUACCUCCUCCUGGUUCACAGAAGCAGACAUGCCGCAGACAUGUGUGAUCCACGUCACGCAGCUGGAGCGAGACACUAUUCUAGUCUGCCUGGACAGAUGUAUAAAGAUAGUGAACCUCCAGGGCCGGCUAAAAUCCAGCCGGAAGUUAUCCGCCGAACUCACCUUCAACUUCCAGAUCGAAGCCAUAGUUUGUCUUCAGGACAGUGUGCUGGCCUUCUGGAGACAUGGCAUGCAGGGUCGCAGUUUCAAGACCAAUGAGAUCACACAAGAGAUCUGUGACAACACACGCAUCUUCAGACUACUGGGAUCCGACAGGGUGGUGGUGUUGGAGAGCCGGCCUACAGACAACCCGACAGCCAACAGCAACCUCUACAUCCUGGCGGGCCACGAAAACAGCUACUGAGUCCCACACUCGCACCGUGGCUGCAGUGAAUAAACACCUGACCACUAACACAGACGAGGGAGCAACAACAUGAGCUGGUAGUCGCAUUCAUCCCACCACCGCAGCUUAACCCUACCCCACCUUGGCCUUCUCGGCCAGCCUGCCGGUAACGUGAGGGAGAGAUUAGUAGUUUGUGAAUGCAGGACUUGAUUUUGCACCCUUUUAAAAUGCGUCAGUGUGUUUAUAUGUGAAAGGUGUUAGUUAGGGGAGAGAAGGAGAAUCUUGGACUAGUUUAUGUCAAAGUAGAGUCUAAACCCUUGGUCUGAAGGCAGUGAUAGUUGUCCUUUCUAAGACACAGCAUCCCUCCUGAUACCCUCCAACCUUUCCCUGCAGACUGCACCUGGAGUAUAAAAACAUGGAGAAAACACAUCAAUGCUAUACUAGUUCUACUUGUAAUACUACUGCUGUUUGUGCUGAAGCUUCAUAGAAGGGCGACCAUGCCCCAGAAACCCAGCCUUCCUCUAUAUCCUUUCAGCUCCUUUUUCUUUCUUCCCACAUUUUUUAACUGUCCCUUUAUUUAUUUUGGCAUGAUGUAACUUUAUUAACAAGGAUGGCUCUCUUAAUUUGCCGUAUUCUUUUUUUUUUUUAAAGACAAAAAAAGAAACCAGAGGAAAAACUUCUGCCAUCUUCACUAAGAUUAAAUCCCAGUACCUGUCACUACAUCACACAAGUGCUUAUUAAACCUUUAUUUAAUUGUUGUAAAUAUAAAUGUUUUGGGUUCGUGUUUUUUUGUUUUUUUUUAAUAUUGGCAAAGACGAACACUAAAAAAAAAAAAAAGUUCUGGUUGUGUGUAUAUGUGUGUGAAUAGCUGCUCUGUUGAACUGUGGAGACACAAAGAGACCCCGAAGUGCAGAGGAUCCACGGAUUUUCAAGUUUCUCGUUCUUCAAACGUGCCGAGGUUCGGGUCUCCUCAGGUGGACGGCUUUAGUAAUCAGACAUUUCCCUCAGAACGUUUGAGCUGUAAGAUCCUGAUGAACAAACAAGGUAUGCGACUGUGUUUUCUUUGUUUUCAUGCUGCAUGCAUUGUGAUCCUCAUUUCUGCCCCAUCACUCAGAGUUAUGUUCUCCUACGUUUCAGCAUCAUCCCUUUCAGUUUUUUAAUGCUGUUUUAUUCAGAAAUAUUUGUCCUUUUCAUGUUUUUUUUUAUUAUUAUUUUUAUUAAACCACUGGUAUUUAAAAUUUGCACAAGAAAAAAUGUAGUUCAUUAACAAAUGUGGUGUCAUUAUAGUAUGUGACCAUGUGUGUGUGACCAUGGACAUGUGUGCCUGUAGAGUGCAUUGUGUACAGAUCUGGUUUUUAUCUGGCUGAGGUCACUUUGAAGGAGCAGCGAGAAAUAAAAAACAACAAUAAAUUAUUAAGCAGGAUUUAAACAGAAAUAAGUUUGAUUGUUAGCUAAAAUAAUUCAUUUUAACAUAUCUGCAGUUUAAACUCCUUUUAAUGAGAUGCCAGAGAAAGAACUGUUUUCUCCAGCGACAUUGAGGACUGCCCCUCCCCUACCUCUUGCUGCACACUGACAGUCAGCAGGAUGAAGGAUGAGCUACUAAACUUUUCCCUCUCUUAAAAAUAAGACAAAUUUGUCUGUUUCUCAUUGUUUCUCGUCACUGGAAACAUUUUUUGUCUUUCUAUGGAAACUAAAGGAGCACCACCCAUCACUCUUCACCCUAGCUGACCGAAUGCUUACUAUCCUGCACAUAUCCUGACUAAAUAACCAGCCAUUAUCAGCCUGUUAUGCUCUCAGUGUUACCCUAUAAAAAGCACAGUAUCCAAAAAUGAAUAUAUUCUUCACAAUAAACACUUGAAAGCAAAGUUUAUCUGCUGUUCAUCCUGCAUUUAAAUGUUACUGUAAUAAUAUUUUACAAGCAGGAGGAGUUCUUGUGGAUUUGUUGUUCUAAAUAUAAGCAUUUAGAUCAUGAUAAGCAUUUUUGGUUUUAAAUAAUCCUUCAAUCAACAUCUGAUCCUAGCCCAUGUCUAGCUGCUCUUCUAUGCUGUAGUCCUGGUUAUAAAUUCAAGUAUUCAAGUAAAACUACAACGAAGUAUAAGGGCCAUUGUAGAUCAAAGAAAAGAAAUAAUUUGGAGUAGUUUCCGUCAAAAAACAACAAUUUCAGAGAUACGAAAAUAUUCCCUCUUGAAAAGUUGUAAAGUUGCUAGAAAAAAUAACUUUCCAAGAUUAAAGGCAUAAAUGUACGAUAGAGUGAGAGUGGUGGAUCUGGACUUCUUGCUUUUCUUUGUUGCAAAACUCUCACUUAGAAAACUUCUCAUGUUUUAAAUGCAAACUUCUGACCUUGCAAUGUUUUAUUGUAAAUUUAUACCUUUUAAUUAAAAAUUUUCCUAAAUUUUCCUAAAUACAUAUUGUAUUUAACAAACAAAGUAAAGGGUAGAAAUUGUUUCAAAGGUGCAACAUGAGAAAAAUCUGAGAAAAUUACAAUAGCAGACUUCUGUCCUGUUAAAAAUAAAUAAGUAGAAUUUUCCCCAAUAAACAUAAAGUCCUUUGUUUCUAAGUCCGCAAUAUAUGUUUUUGGAUACAUCUUUUUUUUUUUUUUUCAGAUUUUCAUCAGAACACAUCAUUUCUCUGUAAUUCCCAAAAUGUAGAAAUAUUUUAAAGUCCAACGUCUGUAACAGAGAGCAAACUUUAUGCACUAUAUCCGCACCACAUGGGUUGUAGAGGAGUGGGCAGGGCUGUAUGCCAACAGCCCUAAAAGCUGUGAUCCUGCUUCUCACAACUUUCACGUGUGUUUGGGUUACAUCACCCUCCCUUAUGCAGAAAAUAACCUUUCAGACCUGUAGUGAAAUUUUCUGCUUUGUAAUUUUUUUUUGUUGGUAUCAUUCCUCUUCUCCAUACAUGUGCUAGUUGAGGUACAGAACAGAGAUGUACAAACCCUUCAUUUAGAUAAGAAAAACACUUCCUGCAACUGUAGAGCCAGUAAACAUCAGACGUCAGUGCUGUUUGGCAACCAUCUUAUCAGAGCUUUGCUGCUACCUGCUGGUGUAUUUCGGAGACCUGCCAUGUAAAGCGGAGCAGCCCCUCCCUUGUAGCAAAUUAAAGUUGCUGUUUCAACUUUUGGGACAAGAAAUUCUGAGCAUACUUCUGUAGCCACUAAAUACUGACACGGUUACAAAUGACCAGUACAGCUACAGAGUUCUGGUUUAGAUAUCGUAUCAAUGACUUCUCGUAAUUUAUAAAAGAAAUCUGGCAGCAGAGCCAAAUUAAUAUAAUAUAAUAAUAAAUACAUGCUAGAAAUUGAGCUUCUGCUCUCAUUAGAUGAUUAAAACUCCUACCAGCCACAAGAGGAGCAACACUGCGGUUUAUUUUUAAUGUUCUUGGGUUCUGAUUGCUCAUGUUAGAUCACCAACCCAUAGGUGAAUGUAAAAGCUCCAGGGUCCAGUUACAACUCCUCAACACAAGACAUAGAAUCUGUCUUUUGCCCUCACUAUCAUGGCUUCAUGCAACCUCUGACUGACAGGAAUAACUUCACUACAUUUAAACAGGAUUUAAUGUUGAUCAAAGGAACCUUUAGUUGGGUUUUCUAGUUAAACACACUGUUUGGAGAACUUAUUUUUAUAGCUUAUAUUCAGAAUAAGUGUUUUAUUCUUAAAAUGCAUUAACUGGAGACACUCAUUGAAGAGGUAUAUGCCAAACUGAUCGAACUUAUUUUAGCUAACAUUGUACACUUCAUUUUGAUUAUUGGAAGUUUCUUUUACACUUGAGACAAACUAUAAAUAAAGAGCAAACAAAAGAAAAUUUUAAUAAUACAAAAUGAAGUAGGGGCUGCUUUUAUGGCAAGCAAUAUAUGUAUAUAUAUCUAUAUAUUUUAAUAUAUUGCUUAAACCUGUUCUUAAACUUUGUGGGCAUAUUUAGAUAGUCUACCUCGUGAUUUCUCCUAGAUUUAAAAAUAAAUAAUCAGCUUCUGAGGACAGAUAUCAGCAGGUUUGUGUUAAACUCAUUAUGUUGUCUUAAAUUUCUCCUUCUACCAAGCGGUUGUGUGUUAUUGAACAGCGGUUAAUCAAAUAAAUCACAUCACCAAUAAAAUGUUUCUCCUAAACAAUGUUUUUUUUUUUUUUUUUUUUAUCUGAAUUUAUUUCAGAGAAUCUGAUUUUAGGAUAUUUCUGUGGCCAAUUUGUUUUCACUCAACUGAGCUGUUAAGGUUUCUCUAGCUUGUUCUAUCAUGGGAAAUGUCUAUCAUGUGUUCAUGUUUCAUUACAUCAUGCUGUUCCCUAACUUCUGCCCUCUUAUUCUCAACCCUAUAAAUGCUGAAAGCAGGUGAAAUCUGUGUCUAACAUCUGCUUAACUUGAGUGGAGUGUCAUGUAGAAUUAAUCUGUUUUUAAGAUGUGUUGGGUACCGGAUGUGUGAAUUUUCUGGAUGAAAGGUAAGCCAAGUGGCUUUACUAUUAUUGCCUUGGGAUUUCAUGUUUCAUGAUUUCAUGAGCGUCACCUGUCUGCUGCUCUCAGCUGAUCAGUGUUAGGUUCUUCAGAGUUACUACCCGAAGCUGUUUGAUCUCCUCAUCUCCUGAUGUUGAGCAGAAACGCAGCAGGUGACGCCUCCUCUGUCGUUAUCACAUCACUUUUGUUUUUGUUUUUUUGUUUCUUUUUCAUAACGCAAUGCAAACGUUAUGCAGUGUAAAUAGUGUAAAAUAAAAAUGGGUUUGUUUUACAUACUGUAUAAUUGCCUAUAUUUUAUUUCAGAAGUGUAACAGAUUUAUGAGAUGACAGGUUAACACAUUAAAACGAAGGAAGUGAA